ACCUGCUGCGGCCAAUUCCUUUUGCACAACGGUUAACUCUCACUCUCACUCUCACUCACAAUAUCAUGGCAAAGCACUAUCACAUGGUGUAUCUGGGGAGUUUCUGGCUCCUUCAGACUCUUAGUGUUGCAGCUUUUAAUGUGGACACCCAGAGUGUGUUGCAGAGAAGUGGAGAUCCAGGAAGCCUGUUUGGAUUUUCUGUUGCCUUCCACCAGCAGCUGAGCCCGAACAAAAAGAACCUAUUGCUGGUCGGAGCUCCACGAUCCAAACACCAGAAGCAGGUGAAUGUUACAGGUGUCGUUUACCAGUGUGAUCUUUCUACAAUAUCCGAGCACUGCCAGCCCAUUGAGUUCAAUAAUGGAGAGUUCCUCGACAGUAAAGGCGUAAACAACCAGUGGAUGGGAGUAAGAGUGACGAGUCAGGGUCCCGGUAAAAAUGUAAUGGCUUGUGCUCAUCGGUACAAGCAAUGGAGCCCUUACCCGGAGGAAUUUGUUCCUAAUUUGCUGACGGGUCAGUGUUACCUAUUAGGACAAGACCUGCAGGUCGGGAAGGAGGAGAGGACGAGGAGGAGGGUCGUUUGUGAUUAUGAACAUGUGAGCAGACGUCAUAGGAACCAUGAUUGGUUUGCAUACUGCCAACAGGGUCAUGGAGCAUCAUUUGCAAAAGACAACAGAUCUCUGAUAUUUGGGGCACCAGGAGCUUAUCAGUGGAAAGGAAUUGUACGAAUGGAGCUCUUGGACAACCAGGAUAUUGACGCUGCAGAUAGUCGUGAGACCGGAGAUAUUGAGCAAUUUAACCGAGAACUGAUUCCUCUUCAGGAAAACAGCUACCUGGGAUUCUCCACUGACUCUGGUAUGGCCCUCCUCAUACAGGGUGAGCUGACCAUUGUGUCAGGAGCGCCCAGAGGAGGAUACAGCGGCCAGGUGGCAUUAUUAAAGGCAGACUCUAAGGCAGAGAGAAAUUUGUCUGUGGAGUUAGUGCUCUCCGGUCCGGGCCUGGCUUCCUCAUUUGGCUACGACGUGGCAGUGGUAGAUCUCAAUGGUGAUGGGUGGGAGGACCUCGCUGUAGGAGCACCGGAGUUUUUUGUUAAAGACGGCCAGGUUGGAGGAGCUGUCUACAUCUAUAUCAACAACAAAGGAAAAAACUGGGAGAAAAUUGUUCCAACUCAACUUCUUGGACGUAAAGACUCCAUGUUCGGCCUUGCAGUGGAAAACAUAGGGGACGUCAAUCAAGAUGGUUACGGAGAUAUUGCCGUGGGGGCACCGUACGAUGGUUCAGGUCGAGUACACCUUUACCACGGUUCAUCGGAGGGUAUCAACAAAAAGCCAGCGCAGGUAAUCUCAUCAGGAUCUAAUAAAGUCACUCUGUUUGGAUAUUCUUUGUCUGGCAACUUGGACGUGGAUGACAAUCAGUACCCAGAUCUGGCUGUGGGAUCUCUGUCUGAUUCUGUCUUUGUGUUCAGAUCAAGGCCAGUGGUCAGUAUCAGCAGCACUCUGAAGGUAACACCAUCUGUAAUAGAAAUAACCAAGGAACAAUGUGAUAAACGCACAUGUUAUUUUGCAGCUCAGGCAUGCUUUACAUACACGUCACAUCCAGCAUCAUUCAACCCUAAAGUGGUGCUAAACUACACUUUGGAGGCAGAAGCUGAGAGAAGAAAAGCUAGGCUUCCUCCCAGAGUGGACUUUCUGGGUUCUCCUCAAGGAAAACUGGAGCUGCCUGGACAGAAGAGACAAAUCUGUACCGACUUCUCAAUCCGACUUCUGCAUGAUAUUAAAGACAGGCUGAGCAGUAUCCCCGUCUCCGUCACAGUGUCUCUUUGGAGCUCUAGUCAGACAACCAGGACGAGUGUGGAUCUGCCCAACGUUACUCCUGUCCUCAACCUCUUACAGAAAAAGAGCACUACUUCAGAGAUUAUCUUAAUAAACAAGGGCUGCGGCAGUGACAAUAUUUGCCAAAGUAACCUAGAGUUACAGUACAUGUUCUGCUCCCAAAAAAAACAAAAUAAUCAAGAUGUUUUCAAAUCACUCGCCAGAGAGGAUGGUGUUGCACUCAUCACUCCCUCAGGUGAAGAUAUAGCUCUAAAGAUCACUGUGAGUAACAGAAAUGGGGAUGAUGCACACCAGAGUCACUCAGUCAUCAGCCUCCCGGAAACUCUGCAUUACACCUCCAUUGUCUACAGCACAGCAUCGGAAACCCAAGUGAGUUGUACAGCAAAUGAAAAAGGAACACUUAUUGACUGUGAACUGGGAAACCCCCUCCAAAGAGAUGCAGAAGUCACUUUUUAUGUCCUACUCGCAACAUUCGGCAUCUCUUUGAGUACAAAAGAUGUUAAUGUCACCCUGCAACUUCAAACUUCGAGUGUGCAGACUAUACAACCAAUUGAGGCGUUAGCCAGAUUGGUUUUUCAGCUGGACCUGCAAGUAUAUGGACUAACCAGACCUUCUCAAGUGUCACUUGGUGAAAACGUGAUGGGUGAAAGCUCCAUAAAAUCACUGGAUGAAAUUGGAGCUACAGUUCAAUAUGAAUUUAGGAUAACUAACUUAGGAAGACCACUGAAAUCUUUUGCCAAUGCAUCUUUAAACAUCUACUGGCCGAAGGAGAACUCUGUAGGAAAGCGGCUUCUGUACCUCACUCAGAUUAGCAGUAAAGGUGUGCAGUCCGUCCCCUGCUCACCUGGGAACGAGAUCAAUCCACUUAAACAUGAAAAGGGUUGGCAUGAGCCCUCAAGACGUGAAGCUGAACUUGAAACCCUCUCUGUUGAUGGAUCAUCAUUUCUUUCAACAAAGAAGAAAUACAAAACCUUGACCUGCUCUGAUGGACUGAAGUGUGUGGAACUACGCUGCCCCCUGCUGGGUUUGGACAGUACUGCAGUGAUUGUCCUGCAUUCACGCCUGUGGAACACCACAUUUACAGAGGAUUACAGCUCUUUGAACUACCUGAACAUUGUUGUGAAUGCUUCUCUCAGUUUGACAAACACUCCAGAGAAUAUUGGAUUCAAAUCAGAGACACCUGAGACGAAGGUUAAACUUACAGUGUUCAUCGAGAGAAAAUAUUUCACCAAAGUUGCCUGGUGGAUGAUCGUCUUGACAGUCAUCGCAUUGCUCCUGUGUUUGGCAAUUCUUGUCUUCUUGUUGUGGAAGCGUGGAUGCAUGAGCUUCCUCGCUCACAACAAGUAGCCCUCGAAUGAACAGGACCCAAACACAGAGGCCGCUCCACUAGAGGUUAAGAGUAUCGAACCCAUAACAUCUAGUGCAGAAUUACAUACAUGAUUUGUUAUGAUAUAUCUUUGAUUCAGAACUUUUAAAAUAAUUGUAGUUUAAUGUUUUUGCUGCUUUUCUUAAAAUAAAAUAAUGGAAAUAACA